AAUGCUGUGUUAUUUGAUUUUGUUAAAUUAAUACACACGAAGCUAUUGUUAAAUUGCAUUCCUCUGUCGAUCCAGCGCUAAUAUAUUACUUUGUUUAUGUUGUAUUCAAGGUUUAAGACACAGUAAAUAUAAGUAGCCAUCAAAAUGGGAGAUCAAGUGUUAGUGACAGAGAUUCCAAGUAGCUUAAAGCAAUUGGCCCGAUUUGUGGUGCGAGGAUUUUACACAAUUGAAGAUGCGCUCAUAAUUGAUAUGCUUGUUCGAAAUCCAUGUAUGAAAGAAGAUGAUAUUUGUGAAUUAUUGAAUUUCGAUCGUAAGCAAUUGCGUGCUCGAAUCACAGUUCUGAAAAAUGACAAAAUUCUUCAAGGACGACUGAAAAUGGAAACGGGCCCAGAUGGAAAAGCAGCAAAAGUUACCUAUCAUUUUAUCAAUUAUAAAACGCUUGUGAAUGUCGUUAAAUACAAAUUUGAUUGGAUGAAUAAACGAAUCAAUACAUCUGAACGUGAUGCGACUAGUCGAGCUAGUUUCAAAUGUAUAAAUUGUCAAAAAACAUUUACCGAUUUAGAUGCCGCCGAUCUAUUCGAUCCGAUGGAAAACGAAUUCCGAUGUACAUAUUGCAGCAGUUUGGUGGAAGAAGAUAAAUCAGCGCUACCGCAAAAAGACUCACGAUUCUUAUUGGCCAAAUUUAAUGAUCAAAUGCAAAUUUAUUAUGAUUUAUUAAAAGCAGUUGAAAAUAUAAAAUUGUCACCAGAAUGUUUGGAACCCGAACCGAUUGACAUCGAAACAAUUCGUGGCACAAAUAAAGCACUCAAUCGCGGUGGAACCAACAAUGGCGGUGAACAAUGGUCGGGUGAAGCGACACGAAAUCAAGGAUUUGCCGUUGAAGAGACACGAGUCGAUGUUACAAUCGGUGAUGCAAAUCCAACGGAGGCGGUUAAAACAAAAGAACGACCAAUUUGGAUGACUGAAAGUACAAUUGUAUCGAAUGAGAAUACCAAUGAUACCUUGGAUACGUCGUCACAACAAGCAGCACAACCGAUCGCAUCACGAAGCCGCAAAGAGAAUGAAGAUAUUAUGUCCGUGCUAUUGCAGCAUGAAAAACAACCGGGCAAAGCGAACACACAAGAUGCGGCUGUUCGAUCGUUGGCCACCUCAACCAACAACAGUGAUUCAAGUGACGAUGAACAAGAAAUCGAAAACGCACAAAUUCCUGAUAUUGAUGUAAUGGACACCGAUUCCGAUGGUGACGAGACAACGGUGCUUGUUGCUGGCAAACCCAUGCCACUCGAUGAGGUGAUAGACAAUGAGGAAAUCAUUGCUCAAAUGACGCCACAAGAAAAAGAUGCGUUUAUCCAAGUAUGGCAAGAAACAUACAGCCACAUGCAUGAUUAAACCUCAUUAAUUUAUGUAUUCAUUGACUCGACGAUACCACACAUUGAAAUUCUAUCAAUAAAAGAAACAUUUAAUGUAUGAAUUGUUGGUUUCAUCAGAAGAAUUCUAUUUUAGUUGUAAAGAAAAUGAUUUAAAUAAAAAACUAGAACGAUUUGUAAUAUAAAUAAAUAAAACCGGAAUCUAGACUGAAUUUA